AUGGUCUCCCCCCGCACCCUCCUCGCCGCCGCCCUGGCCCUCCCAACCCUCACCUCCGCCUACAUAGCCAGCAUCAGCACGCCCCCAACCGCCGCGGCCGGCUCGUCCGUGACGGCGACGGUGCACACGUCCAUCUACAUCCAGAACUGGGUCGAUUUCGGCAUCGUGUGGGGCCUGGCGUCGGCGCAGUACGGCGGCCAGGCGUCCGACGGCACCAUCUACAUCGGCACGCAGGUCGACUACACGACACUGUACGGUACCGGCGUGGAGGACUCGUCGCGCAACAGCUUCACCGUCGACGUGCCUAUCCCCGCGGACUGGCCCGCGGGCGAGUGGCUGCUCGUUGCGGCCGUGCCGUUUCUGGUUGGUGCAUCUGGCCUCACUGAUGUCGAAGCUUUCAACUCGAGCAUCACCAUCACUGCCUAG